AUGCCCAUUUUUGAGAGUUUUAGCAAGGUUAUGGCAGAAGAAGUUGGAGGCAAAGAAAUGAAGCCUGUCAAAUGUGUGGAUCACGCCUCCAGUGUGAAACUGUGCUCCUUACUACGGGAGAAAAAGAGUUUCACAAAGUUUUGGAGCCAAGACGAAGAGCCAGUUGAGAUCUCCCUCCUGGAUAUUCUGGAACCAAAUUCUUCACUCCCAGGUAUUGCCAGUUAUGGGCAUGCAGACAAGGGAGAAAACCAGCAUUGUGGCCAGCUUCCAAGCAACGGAGGCUCCCUCAAGUACAGAUACUGUGAUGAGGGAAAACCAUUGACCUUCAGUGACACUGUGCUGAAGAAACUGAAGAUUGCUGUGAGUGUGGACGCUGUAGCAGGGGCGAAUGCUUCGGUGGCAGCGUCUCAGUCCCAUAAGUCCACCCUCCAGUAUAGGAUUGUUACCCUCCUACCGGCUAAAUUCGAAGAACUCCGAAAGAGGAAACUGCUGGACCCAGAACCAUCAUAUCUGCAGCAAUACCGGAGAUCACAGAAGAACCUCUACGUGGUGACGAAGGUGGUGGAGCUGCUCAACAGUCCUGUGCUGACUGACACCCGCAGUGGGGGCGUUUCUGGCGGCCUCUCCCUCCCCUGGAAUCCUGCCGCCAAGGUUAAGGGGGAAGGAGAUGGCCAGUCAUCGAGAGAAACAGCGCUGACUCUGGAGAAGGGCAUGGUGAUGGCCUACAAGAAGAAGCUGCUGGUUUUUGAGAAUGAUGGUUGGAGUGUUAUGGAGGCCUCAGAUGAUAAAAAGAAGAAAACCUUUGAAGAACGCGUUAUGAACUACCCGGCUGAAAAGCAGAAAAUGCUUCAAGAAAUGCGGUGUGGAGCGAUCGGUCACAUCCUCCCGAUAGGAAGACUAGAGGAACCCUCAGGGCAAGAUUUCAAGUGCCUGGAACAAGAGGUUUUCAUGAACACGGAGGAAGUGGCUUUGCUCUCAAGGAACACUCGGGGUGUCAUGUCCGCUAGUCUUCAAGCUCUGCUGGGGGACCGACGGGCCCUGCAGCACCUCAUGGACACGCUCGACGAGGAGAAGCCCUUGGAUGAUCUGACUGGCCCUGCAGCUGCCAUCCUCACUGAGCUCAGAGGGGGCCUGGGACACCCACCUGCUGCCGCCAUGGGCCCCAUCCUUUACCUGUUUGAAGCCAUACUGGUGCUGAGUGACGUACAACACGCUCUGCUGGCCCAGUCCAUGGACAGGAGGAUCCUGCCCCACCAGCGGGAGCUGGUACGGAGCAUCCUGGAGCCCAACUUCAAAUACCCCUGGUGCAUUCCCUUCCGCCUGGACCCCCAGCUCCUCGCCCCCCUGCAGGGUGAGGGUGUGGCCAUCACCUAUGGGCUCCUGCAGGAGUGUGGGCUGAGCAUGGAGCCGGAUGACCCCAGGUCCACCUGGGACCUGGACGCCAAGGAGCCCCUGUCUGCCCUGUUUGCGACCCUGACUAUCCUACACCGGCUGACAGCGGCCUGAGCCCCACUGGGGAGCAGAAAACCUGGGAGUCCUGCCCCAACCGUCUGCGCUGUGAUGUCCUGUGGACUUGGGGUGCUUAGGACCCUGCAUUUUUUACUUUAAUGGUGGGAGCAACAGGGACUUGAGGGAAAAUUCUGGGGUGGUGGAAAAUCUCUCUGUGUUGCUAAGGAUUCAUUAUCAGGCAAACCACACAUAAUAUGCUUAAGAGUGGAGCACUGCAUUGUA